AUGCCCAGCUCCCCCGGUGCCCCUGCCGUCGUCGCCGCCGCCACCGGCCGCGGCAGCGCGUCGACCAUCACCACCGCCACGGAGACCGGCUCGCACGAGCUCACUGUUCCUCCUGCUCGACGAUCAUGGAGGGUCCAGCCGGAGCAGCAUCCUCGAGGCAACGUUCGGGUUCAGCUUGCUGGACCAGACGGGACACGCCGUGCCGUCCUACACCAGGCUUGCAGCAAGCGAAUUAGCUUCUCCGUCCCCAAAUCGCGCUCCUGCGGUUGGACAAAGUUCAUCGAGCACGAGGCGUUGGAGGAGUCGUCGCACCUCGAGAACGACACCUUCCAAGUCAGCUGCCACGUCACCGUCCACGAGAUCUGCACAGAGGAGUCAAGUGCGCCGCACUUCCUUCCAGCGCCGCCGAUGGACGUACACCGGCUCCUCGGCGACCUCCUCGACAGCAAGGUGGGAGCCGAUGUCAAGAUCAAGGUCGGGAAGGAGACGUUCGCGGCGCACCGGAGCACCCUCGCCGCCCGUUCCCCGGUGUUCCGGGCCGAGCUCUUCGGCUGGAUGAAGGAGAGGAAGGCCGGUCAGGUCCGGAUCGACGACAUGGAGCCGAGGGUGUUUCGGGCCAUGCUCCGGUUCAUCUACACCGACUCCUUGCCCGACAUGGACGAAGGUGACAGGAGGGUGAUGGCCCAGCAUCUGCUCGUCGCGGCGGCCCGGUACCGAUUGGAGAGGCUCAAGAUGAUCUGCGAGGACAUGAUGUGCAACUUCAUCAACACCGACACCGCGGCGACUACUUUGGUACUGGCUGAGCAGCACGGCUGCCGUCGUCUCAAGGAACGGUGCAUCAAUUUCCUCAAGUGUCCUGGCAAUACAGUGGCAGUCAUGGCGACGGAUGGCUUUGACCAUCUAAUGACUAGUUUUCCCUCUCUUAUCAAGGACCUCCUGGCCAAGGUUUCUCCUUGA